AUGCAAAGUUUGGGCGUACUGGCUCUCCUUUUGAAUGAUGCUGCUUCCAGCAUAUCAGCUUUGCGCAGCUGGGGGGAUAUGGACACAGAUUCUAUGGCUACUACCGGUGCCUCUGAAGGCCCCUGGACUAUAGAUUCCGUACAGGACACCGACACCAGCAAGGCAACGUUUUCUGAGCUGGCAUUGACAAACAUGCGUUCCCUGUUGGAGGGCUCCCACGGUUCCAGCCUUGCUGCCACAAGCCAUCUUGUUUCUGCAGAAGACUACUUGGCAAGUGAACCAGAUAAUGCCAACGCGGCAGCUGCACAGUCUUUGCAGCUGAAGAAUGAAACGGGACGAAGAGGGCCUACCUUUGGCCGUAUCGUUGCGGUCAUUUUGUCUGUUGCAUGCUUGGGGCUGCUCGCGGCUCGCCCCCGACUGGCAUCUGACAUUUUAGGGGAGAAGUUAUUCGGUAGAGAAAAGGAUGAGCAGCAGGGGAAGAAAAUGCAACAACAUAAGAAAGAGGACCAGACUCAAGAGGAUCAGCGGAGUCAGGAGGAGCACCAGCGAAGUGCGCAACAACCGAUAGAUGAGAGAGGGGUCGGACAAAUGUUGCUGCUGGACAAGUUGGAGGACCUGCAGCGGUUACGCCCACUUGCUAAAUUUCUGGCCGAUACUUUAGGGGAGGAGGAUAAACAUGCACUUGCUGCUGUUCAAGACGCUCAUGAGUGUUUCGAAAGGGCUAAGCAGGUGCAGCGGAAGGUCCUGACGGGUUCGUCGGAACAUUGGGGGUACCCCGAGGAUGUACUGCAACAUGCUCUCGCCAGCGGUGUCUCCGCUGUUUCUCGGCUGUGUGAAGCAGCACGGCAACAGGGACUGAGGACGGCUCAGCAAAUGUGCAAUGUGCAGCGUCCUGCUGCCUUUUCUAUUCUGGAGCUCGAUACACUGGCAACAGUGGACCAAAGCCUCACAGAUUCCCUUGUAUACCUUAUGGGGAAUAUUACAUUUGCAUACCAAGCUUCCACUACUUAUGCUUCAAAGGCCCGGCGGGAGCUGAAGUAUCUCCCGGCAUUGACAGGCGUGGAAAGUGGGGGUUUGCUGGCUGCGGUUGCAACAGAUGCCGCCCUUCUCAAGGGAGCGCUUGAAGCUGCAGAGGCAGGGAGACGGUCUACAUUUGAUUUGAAAGCUGGUGUGACGGCAUUUAUGUUGUCUCAUUUCGUGCGGGAGCAGGUAUGCCAGUACAGGGAAUGUCGAGACCUUCUGGAGGGACAGAGACUCCUUUGCAGCGUGGAGAGGCAGCGGCAGCAGUCUCUUGCCGAAAAAGAUACCACUGUCCUAGAGACACUCGACAAGCUAGAGGGGGAGCUGGACAGAGGAGAUCAGCUGCUGAAGAGAUACUAUGAAGAAAUCGAAAAUCUACUGGAGACAACGGACAUCGAGUCUGCUGUCUUUGCGAGCAAGCCAGCAAAAGGUGUGGGAGGGGAGCUAAUGUCGUUGGUGGAAGCUGUUUCGUCUCACUUAAGUUCGAUUGUCGGAACAGCGGAGGAAGCAAAUGCAGUUCAGGAUGCAGAUGUGCAUCACGUGAUGGAGAGGGUGGCUUCAAGAGCGACUCAAGAGGCCGCAGUUGCCGCCACAAGGACGCAAGACAUCCUAAAGGAGGUGCUCUCUUGGGGAGUUCCCGAGGAGGCCCGGAUGGAGACUCAGCUGACUCACGACAACAGAGACUCUAUGAAGCAUAGGUUUUCGAACCCUUGUAUUUUAGAGGAGCUGCAUAGGGAACUGCAGCUAGUUACACAGAAGGCAUAUAUGGCCCGUGACAAGGCUCUCGCUGCAGCGGCAAAGAUACAGCAGGAGAGAGACGGCGGAUUGAAGCGUAUGAUGCAAUUAGUUGAAGAUGCAAGGGAUGCUGCUAUGCAUGCUGAAUCUUGUUUGGGGCAUGCGGAGAUGUUGCGGCUUUUCUGGCAGCUUUCAGAGUCUCUGGAAGACGACGUGAAGCAAAGCGCCAAUCUGGCACGAAGAGCAGCAGCAGCGGCAGAGCUUAGCCACCAACAGCAAAUGUGGGACUCCGAAGUGAGCAGUAAAAGAAUGCAAAUUGAAGCUGUGAUAAAGCAAGUGAAUGCCUUACAGGAUGCGGCGAGGGCAAAAUCGGACAUAAAGAGCUUAGCAGGAACAACAGCUGCACUGAAGGGAGCAGUCAUACAGCUUGUUACAUUGAUUCAGGACGACCAGCAAAACAGAACUGAAGAGCUACUUAUCUGA